AUGGCGGUGGUUGCUGUGUUGGUGCGGAGACCCCUUGAGCAGGUCUCCGGGCUGCUGAGGAGGCGUUUCCACCGGACCGCGCCGGCUGCACUGCAGGUAACAGUUCGUGAGGCUAUAAAUCAAGGCAUGGAUGAGGAGCUGGAAAGAGAUGAGAAGGUAUUUCUCCUUGGGGAAGAAGUUGCCCAGUACGAUGGGGCAUAUAAGGUUAGUCGAGGCCUGUGGAAGAAAUAUGGAGAUAAGAGGAUCAUAGAUACUCCCAUAUCUGAGAUGGGUUUUGCUGGAAUUGCUGUAGGUGCAGCUAUGGCUGGGUUACGGCCCAUUUGUGAAUUCAUGACCUUCAAUUUCUCUAUGCAAGCCAUCGACCAGGUUAUAAACUCAGCUGCCAAGACGUACUACAUGUCAGGGGGCCUUCAGUCUGUGCCCAUAGUCUUCAGGGGGCCCAAUGGCGCCUCAGCAGGUGUAGCUGCCCAGCACUCACAGUGUUUUGCUGCCUGGUAUGGGCAUUGCCCAGGCUUAAAGGUGGUCAGCCCCUGGAGUUCAGAGGAUGCAAAAGGGCUUAUUAAAUCAGCCAUUCGGGAUAACAACCCAGUGGUGGUGCUGGAGAAUGAACUGAUGUAUGGAGUACCUUUUGAACUUCCUUCAGAAGCUCAGUCAAAAGAUUUUCUGAUCCCUAUUGGAAAAGCCAAAAUAGAAAGGCAAGGAACACACGUAACUAUAGUUGCUCAUUCAAGACCUGUGGGCCACUGCUUAGAAGCUGCAACAGUGCUGUCUAAAGAGGGAAUUGAAUGUGAGGUGAUAAAUUUGCGAACCAUCAGGCCAAUGGACAUUGAAACAAUAGAAGCCAGUGUUAUGAAGACCAAUCACCUUGUAACCGUGGAAGGAGGCUGGCCACAAUUCGGAGUAGGAGCUGAAAUCUGUGCCAGGAUCAUGGAAGGCCCCGCGUUCAAUUUCCUGGAUGCUCCUGCAGUUCGUGUCACUGGUGCCGAUGUGCCUAUGCCUUAUGCAAAGAUUCUGGAAGACAACUCUGUACCUCAGGUUAAAGACAUCAUAUUUGCAAUAAAGAAAACACUGAAUAUCUAG